AAAGCAACAAACAUGUUGACAGUCGGUUGCAACAAACUCUUCCAAAAGUCAUCACUAUUCAAGUCGGCAGCAUCGUUGACCAACACCAGAUCAUACGGUGUUCAGUCACGCACAGGUGUUGAGACCGGUCCAUCACAAGGCCAGUUCUCACGCGCCUACCCCGUCAUUGACCACACCUACGACGCCAUUGUCGUCGGUGCUGGUGGUGCCGGUCUGCGUGCUGCUCUCGGUCUCACCGAGAAAGGUCUCAAGACUGCCUGUAUCUCAAAGCUCUUCCCAACCCGUUCACAUACUGUCGCUGCUCAAGGAGGUAUCAAUGCAGCUCUAGGUAACGCAGAUGUUGAUGAUUGGAGAUGGCAUGCAUACGACACUGUGAAGGGCAGUGACUGGUUGGGAGACCAGGACGCCAUUCAUUAUAUGUGUCGUGAAGCCGUGCCAACAGUGUUGGAGCUCGAGCAGUAUGGUGUGCCCUUCUCGCGUAUGGACGACGGUCGCAUCUACCAACGUGCGUUCGGAGGACAGAGCAAGAACUUUGGCAAGGGAGGUCAGGCUACGCGUUGCUGCGCCGCCGCCGAUCGUACCGGCCACGCACUGCUGCACACUCUGUACGGCCAGUCGCUCAAGCACGACACCAAGUUCUUCAUUGAGUACUUUGUCAUGGACCUGAUCAUGGAGAAUGGCGAGUGUCGCGGUGUCAUUGCCUACUGCAUGGAGGACGGCACCAUCCACAGGUUCCGCUCGCACGCCACCGUCCUCGCCACAGGAGGAUACGGUCGUGCCUAUUUCUCGGCCACCAGCGCACACACUUGCACUGGUGAUGGUAAUGCCAUGGUGAUUCGUGCCGGUCUCCCAUGCCAGGACCUCGAGUUUGUUCAGUUCCAUCCAACCGGUAUCUACGGAAGUGGUUGUCUGAUCACUGAGGGUGCCCGUGGUGAGGGAGGCUACUUGCUCAACAGCGAGGGAGAGCGUUUCAUGCCACGUUACGCCCCAUCCGUUGCCGAUCUGGCCUCGCGUGACGUUGUGUCGCGUUCUAUCACAAUGGAGGUGCGUGAGGGCCGCGGUGUUGGCCCAGAGAAGGACCACGCCCUGCUCAACCUGACCCAUCUCAGCCCAGACAUUAUCGAGGAGCGUCUUCCAGGUAUCCGCGAGACUGCAAUGAUCUUUGCCGGCGUGGACAUCACCAAGGAGCCAAUCCCCAUCAUUCCAACCGUCCACUACAACAUGGGUGGUAUCCCCACCAACUACAGAGGUGAGGUCGUCACCAGGAACAAGGAGGGCAACGACGAGAUCGUCAAGGGCCUGUACGCCGCCGGAGAGGCAGCCUGUGUGUCCGUGCACGGUGCCAACCGUCUCGGUGCCAACUCACUGCUGGACAUCGUCGUCUUUGGCCGCGCUUGCGCCAACACCAUCGCCGAGGACCUGCCAAAGAACACCCCACAUGCUCCACUUCCCAAGAACGCCGGUGAGGAGUCCAUCGCCAACCUGGACAAGGUUCGUUUCGCCGACGGCCCACGUCUCACAGCCGACCUGCGUCUGGAGAUGCAAAAGAUCAUGCAGCGCAACGCCGCCGUCUUCAGAGACGGAGUCGUGCUCAAGGAGGGAGUCAAGAAGAUCGACGAGUUUGCCAGGUCGCUCAAGACCGACAUGAAGACUGUCGACCGCAACAUGAUCUGGAACUCAGAUCUGGUCGAGUCGCUCGAGCUCCAGAACCUGAUGACCCAGGCCGUGCUCACCAUGCACUCGGCCGAGGCCCGUAAGGAGUCGCGUGGCGCCCACGCCCGUGAGGACUACAAGGAGAGAGACGAUGCCAACUGGAUGAAGCACACCCUGUCCUACCUCGACGUCGAAACUGGAAAGGUUACGCUCGAGUACCGUCCAGUCAUUGCCAAGACCUUGGACGAGGGCGAGAUGAACUCCAUCCCUCCAGCCAAGCGUGUAUAUUGA